UUCAUAGUGAUUCUGGCAUAGUGUUCCUUUCAGCUGAACUUUCUGUACUGUUUAUCUUUUCUUCUCUUCAUUCUCCGUUGGAGAAAAAAGGAAGAAAGUUGAACAGUGUAAAAAAAUUCAGGCUUCACGAGUUGCAUCUCGUAGCAUCAGUUUCCAAAACGAAAUAGAACAUUUCUGGAGUAAAAAAUGACUGAACAAGAGAAAACUAACUCUGAUAUAAAUACAACCGAUUUGGCAUUUGCUUCUCCGGAGAAACAAAAGGCCCGUGCGUUUUUACGCGAACGUUUUCUGCGUGUCAUUAAUGGCAUUAUCGAUAAGCCAGCGGAAUUUCAUUUGCACGAAAAUACAAAUGUAUCAGGUGAAUUCAAGGGUUGCGACAUAGAAUGUUCCAAGAUUUUCGUGAAGAACUUGGAAACACCAAUGGGAACGAUACCAGAUGCCAUCCUCCGAAGUGAUGACAUACUUUAUUUAGACAUAGACAAUAUUAAUAUCGAUCAAUGAGAGGUAGAAAGGUAUAGGAGGAAUAAACAUAACAAUAUCAGACAUGUUGUAAAAAGAAUUUAUAUCUCUUUUUAAUAUAUAAUAUUGUAUAAGCAUAAUUAUCUAUAUUUGAUAACCUAAGAUCGACGCAUAUUUAGCAUUGUAUUUAUUUCUGAAAUAAUGCGUCUCAAGUGAUCAAUUAUUUCCUUAAUGUGCCUAUUCUUUAAUACGACUUGCUGAAAAAGAAGCAAAUUUUUAUAUAUCAGAUUUUAAUGUAAGAUGUUAAUGCGUAUAAUAAUAUCUUAUUUGCUUUA